ACCUGGGCCCUCAGCCCCUCCUCCUCCUGGGAGGGGGAAGGCAGUGGGGGUGCUGCUCCAGGAGAGGCGACAGCCGACAGCCAGAGGCGUGGUGAUGAUGGGUGCUGCUGGUGGAGUCUGAGCUGCGGUGCUGGGCUCACUGCUGCUCAGCUCACCUGCUGAUGCUGAGCCACAGGGGCCCAGGAAGCAACCGGUCACAGCCACCCCAGAUGGAGUGUGAACAAGAAAAAUACAGUCGGGACACUCCGUUCCACCCCCGACCUCGCGGACCACGGAGCUGCGGAGGCUGGACCAACCAACCUGGGCUGGUUAAGGACCGCUUCGGGGAGGAGGCGUGGCCUUGGACGCCUAGGACUGGUUGGGUUGGGAUUGGACAACAAAGGCGUCCUUCUGCAGGUCGGCCCCGCCUCCGGUUCCCGCCCCAAUUUCCUCUCAGUAGUAGAGUGGCAACCCCAAACGCAUGCGUCCUAAAGCCGGUGGGCACUUCCGCCCGCCCACUCCGGAACCUCGGUUCUCGCUCGGGUUUCCGCGGAGAAGACCCGGGCGGCCAAGGCGGAAGUAUUGUGAGCGUGUGGGCGGAGCUUCGUGCGGCCAUGUCGGCGGCCCUGCUGCGGCGGGGCCUGGAGCUGCUGGGAGCGCCAGAGGCCCCCCAGGCCGCGCCCGGCCAGGCCAAGCCGAGCGGGGCUCCGGUGAAGCGGACCCGGAAAGCGAAGGCUACCCAAGCCCAGAAACUGCGGAACUCGGCCAAGGGAAAGGUGCCCAAGUCGGCGCUUGCCGAGUUCCAGAAGCGACAGUGCCGAGGCUGCCUCGGAGUAAACCUCAAGUUUAUGACCAGUGCAAGAAGUCCAGUGGCCGAGUCGGUCACCCAGAAGAUUGUGUGCCAGAACCGGGGCCGCAAGGCCUGUGACCGGCCCGCGGCCAAGACGAAGAAGAAGAAGAAGGCGGAGGGCACCGUGUUCACCGAGGAAGACUUCCAGAAGUUCCAGCAGGAAUACUUCGGCAGCUAGGCUCCCAGGAGGACGCAGUGGGAAAGGCACUCAGCCCCAGUCUCCUCCUCUGACCUCACAGCCUCUGCUGGCCCCAGGACCCUGCCAAGCUGCCGACGUGGCGCAAGGACGCCUGGGGGCUUGAGCCAAGGCAAGGUGGCUAGAAAGGGCGGGAGCGGGAAGCCUGGGGAGGAUGCUCGCUCAGCACAGCUGACUUCUGCAGGGAGAGGCCAUCUACCCACCAGAACACGUGUGACUGUUUGCUUUGUUCUGGCCCGAGCAGGGCCCCUGGGCUGUUUGCUCGGAGGGGCCAGUCACGAGGCCCUCGGGGCCACACGUCUCCGGGUAGAAGAGGGGCUGCCGGGCAGGCUCCUGGGCUCUAAUAAACGUGGCCCAAGAGCCGGGUGUGCUGCCGGCCUGCCUCA